ACCGCAGUGUGACUGGAGAUUACAAGAAUAGUAGUCGUCUAGCUAAUAGCGUGCAAACAAACGAUCACCCAGACUAGGCACCGGAGACUUAGCAGUGGCACACAGCUUAAUCGACUGCACUGACAUCAUGGACCCUCCGCAGGAGUGUAGCCCCGAGGACGCCAGCUACCAAAGCCUGGGAAUAGGCGAGCUCACGGAGAAAGUUCAGGAUAAGAAGCCGGCCAAGAUCUCGGUGAUUGUAAAGGGUGGAGACGACCAUGGGCAGAAGAUAAGGUCCGAAUCUGAGCAGGGAGCAACAGCAGAAGUCUGCUAUACUGGUGCGGGAGCUCUCGGCCCCGUGAACCAGAAGGGCGGCGGUGACGAGAAGCCCAGGCUGCAGCAGUUGAAGGAACCAUGCCACGAGGCUGCUGAGGGUUCGCAGCCUGGAGACACCGGCCAGAGCGACUUCUGCAACAAGUUCAGCCAAUUGCAACUGCAGGAACUGGAUCGCGUUUUCCAACGCACUCAAUACCCCGACGUGUUCGCACGAAAGGAACUUGCAAUACCCCUGAGUGUUACUGAAGGCAAAGCGGAGCCCAAUAAACCUGAAAAGCCCAAUUUGCCAGAGAAGCCAUUCUAAAACCUGCAUCAAGACUUCAGAUACUUUUCUACUAGAUAUUCUCAAGCUGCUGCUGUUUUUGUUGCCUUUUCCGUGUUUGUGAAAUGAGUUUUGAAUGGGGGGGGGUUGGGGAGUGAGAAAUGAAAUAAGUAAACCUGAGCAUAUGGAAAUUUCUCAUUACCAAAAAGAACAUGACUUAUUAAUGGAAGAAAUAAAAAUGAUAAAGAACCAAACCGUUUAUUCCAUGUAUGAAUAAAAUAUAAAUAAAGUUCAACUUCUAACAA